AUGUUCUUUGCAGCCUAUUGUAUAUACGAGAAAUACUACAAUGAAAAACUAUUAAAAGAAAGACGCAAUUUUUUCAAGGAGCGAUACAUAGAACGCUCUCGGCUGACUUUUUCCGAUUUGCCUCAGAGAGACUUCACGGGUAAAAUCAGCCACUUGACCGAUGACUUCGGAAUAUUUGAAAACUUCAUCUAUUUCGACAGAAACAGUGCUUCGCGAUCAACGGAUAUCCAAGUUGGAACUAAGGUUGUUGUCACGGCGUACUGCGAUGACUUUUUCGAAAAUUACCAAUUUGUUAGGAUGAGAGUAGUAAAGGAAGAUGAGGAGGUAACUAUGAGUACUACUGUGUUUAUAACGUGCAUUGAUCAUUACGAAGACAGAGGGCAGAAUAUCAGAUUAACUAAUGGACAGUUGGUAGAAACGCGUAAUGUUGAUCAAACUCACAGCUUGAUGCCAGGUGACUGGGUUAGGGUGACGUCUAGUGGAAAGUCAGAUGAGUUUACGAAAAAUCAGAAGGUUGAAUACCUGGAGGCUUUGCGUCUAAUCGAAUGUGAGUCGAUUGUUUCAGAAACCCAAAGACGAGGAUUUUUGACCAAAAAUCAGGCUUUCAUACCAGAGGAGAUUGUGCAUCAGUCCAACUGUGAAAUCACUAUAGGAAGCAAAGUAAAAAUGACGUGUGUCGAAAGCAAAAUGCAUCCUAGGAGCAAUUGGAGAGCAGUAAUUGUCGAGCUGAUCGAUGAGUCUCAAAAUUCCGAAGAUAUGUCUUUGCAGAGUUCGCGACUAAGUCUUACGGAGUCUCUUUUGACAGAUAUGGGCAUUAGAAUUGAACCAGUAUCUAUGGUUUUCUCGGAAGCAGCAGUUGGCACAACAAAAAUACAAUAUUUUACAGUUUCAACUGAGAAAAGAGAAACGGCGAAGCUAUUGAGUGUGUCGUUGGCUUCUUUGGGAACACCUUAUUCUUUGUUUAUUGAUGACAAACUAGUUAUUGAUUGUUUGUUUCCGUGUAUUAUUCGGAAAGAAAAACCAUUGUUUGUGAAAGUUGUGUUGAAUUCAGAAGACGUGGGUCGUAAUGAAACAUUCUGCAAGUUUUGUUUUGAAAAUGGACAGGCUCUCAGAAAAGUGAGCUCCACCGUUUUUUCGCCGGACGAGCUCAUGUUUGACACUAAGUCCCUGAUGGCCUCCACAAGCCACGGUGGAAAAAGUCACGGAAAUGCCCUGGACAGGUCAAGAAAUACAGGCAGUUUCGUGCCAGGAGUAAAACCAGUUUACAGUAGCAAAGCUGGAACUCCAGUUAGGUUUCAUCAUUACCCUGUGCCAGAUCAAAUUAAAUCUGCAGUUAUGGACAAAAGAGACAUGUCUGUUGUAUGUCCUGAGUUGUUGAUGCCAUUGAGCGCAAAGAACUACCAGGCGAAGUUCCAUGCGUUGUUGUACAUAGAAGAGGUUGAAAGUGACCUUGAAAUGGCAGUUUUUGACUUGAACAAUGUGCAAAUGAGGCCAGAUAAUGAAUUUCUUUGUCUUGAGGUCCCUGGAUUGUCCGAAGGUAGACCUUCGUUGCUCGUUGGAGACCGUAUUCUGAUGAAACAAUCGAAUGACAUCUAUGGAUUCAACUCUCCGUGUAAUGAAGCAUACAUUCAUAAAGUGACAGCGUCUACGAUUUUUCUCAGAUUCAAUGAGGCUUUUCAUAGAUCGUAUGAUGGUUACGAGGUAGACGUUCAAUUUCUACCGAAUAGAAAUUCGUUCAAGAAAGCGCAUCUGGCUGUAGACUACUCGUCCAAUUUUCCUACGUGGUUGCUAUUUCCUCAGUGGUUAGAGGUAAAGCAGCCAUUAUAUGUUCCAGGAUCGAAGAGUCGUCCUAGAGUCGUUAAGCCAUCUAGGGCUGCAUUCGGUUAUGGAUAUGAAGUGAAUGUACCGUUUGCAGCGCCUGUGAUGCCUCUGCUUCAUGGUGGAAUCCGAAACAAUACGCGCAGAGACAGUGGUCGGAUACAUAGAAAAGCACAACCUUUAGACACAAGUGUUUGUGAGUCGCCCAGACAAAGCAGGGAGUUUUUCAACCCCAACUUAAAUGAGAGACAACAAGCAGCUGUCCGAAGGAUUUUGGCGGCCGAAUGUCGCCCAAUUCCGUAUAUUCUGUUUGGACCUCCAGGAACUGGGAAGACGAUCACAGUUGUAGAGAGCAUUCUCCAAGUGUUUGUUUGCAUACCGGAGUCGAGAAUUCUUGCAUGUGCACCUUCAAACAGUGCAGCGGAUUUGAUCGUUCAGCGCAUCAAUUCAUCGGGAAUUGUAGGAAUGGAUGACGCUGUGAGAUUCAAUGGAGCAAACCGUUCGCUUAACUCGGUUCCCGAUGACAUCAUCAAGUACUGCUGCAAUGACAUGGACGAGCUAGAAACCAUUGUGAGGUACAGAAUUGUAGUCUGCACAUGUACUACAGCUGGAAAUUUCUUCUCGUUAGAGCUGAAGCCAAGUCAUUUCACACAUGUAUUUGUCGUUGAGGCGGGGCAGGCGACUGAACCAGAGACUAUGGUGCCUCUAGUGCUAACGGCUGGAAACCCGGAAGCUAUGGUGAUUUUGGCGGGAGAUCCGAUGCAACUCGGACCUGUGCUGCGGUCUCACGAAGCCGAAGAGUACGGUUUAGGAGAAUCGUUUCUGGCACGGCUGUCCAAUCGAAAGCUAUACGCGAGAGACGAGUCUGUUUUCGCGAAGGAGGGGAACUACAAUCCGAAAGUCAUGACGAAGCUUGUAGAUAAUUACAGGUCACAUUUCACUUUGCUAACAAUUCCGAGUCGUAUAUUCUACAACGACGAACUAAUUGCGUGUGCUGAUGGAAAAUUGGUUGAUACUUUCGUUAAUUGGCAGCAUCUGCCAAAUAAAGAGAUGCCGCUCAUUUUCUGUGGUGUAAGAGGCAAUGAUUUGCGAGAGAAUGAUAGCCCGUCUUGGUUCAAUACUACUGAAGUUGUCCAAGUUGUCAAAUAUGUCAAACUGAUAUUAGAUGACCAAAUGGUACCAAGCUAUGAUAUCGGAAUCAUAACUCCUUACAGAAAACAGGUAGAAAAAUUGAGGCAGUUCAUGGCGACGUUUGAAUUUGGAAAGAUGAAAGUUGGAUCGGUAGAAGAGUUUCAAGGACAAGAAAGGCAAGUCAUAAUUCUUUCUACUGUCCGGUCAGAUGAAAGCAAAGUUGAAAGCGAUGUUUUUCACAACCUGGGAUUCCUGUCAAACCCCCGCCGCUUCAACGUUUCUAUAACCAGAUCACAAGCACUGCUGAUAAUUGUAGGUAACCCUUUUGUUCUCAUGAAAGACCAGUAUUGGAAUUCGUUCAUGGAAUACGCCAUCAUGAAUGGAUGCUAUGUUGGAUGCGAACCACCUCAGAAAUUUGUGCAAAAUCAAGACGAUUAUAUUAAACCUUUCAUCGCAACACAGGAAGUUAUGGAAGAAACGUUUCUACCACUAGAUGAGGAGGUAUCGAAGGAUAUUCAAAUUAGAAACGGAGAUGUUUCUACAUUGGCGACUGAAAUAGGACCUGAAGCACUGGCGACUAUUGACAAUUUGAGCGUUCCGAUGUCAUCUGCAAAGACAACAGAAACGGGGAGUCCACUUUCAAUCAAUCUAAUCGACACGUCGGAGAAACACGACGAUUCAUCUCCAAAAAGUCUAGUCGCUUUUGCACAAGAAGUGAGCGAUAGAAGCUCAUCGGCAGAGAUCGACAGCGGAGAAUCGAUUCCAUUUGAGUUCAAUCUGGCCGAAUCCAGGGAAAACUCAGAAAAUGCUUCAGAAGAGUCUAAUUUAAUAGGCGAUGCAGAGACAUUCGCAUCGAGAAGUUCUGGAACGAAGUCUCGACCCAUUAGUGCGAAUAGUGUAGCGUCGGGAAGUGGUGUGACUUCGAACGGAUCUGUAGAUCAAUUUAAUACGUCGGCGCUAGAUAGCAAUUUAUCGCCCUCGUACCAAGUGCCUUCGGCUAAUGAUCCUGUAUGGAAACUAACCGAAGGCAGAAGUCCAAACUCGAUGCUGGAAGGAAGCUCGGACAUGGUCGACAAAAAUUUGGCUAAUUUUGAGUCUGGUGGUGAAACAGCAGAAAAAUUAAGUGCUAUGAAACAUGGAAAACCAAUUCGAACGCCUAAUACCGAAAAUGACUUACAGGAAACUGAAGCCAGAGUUGAUGAUCUGGAAAGUCCUGGGCCACGUGAUCCAAAUGAAAGCGAACAGACACCUCGCGUCUCCGAAGACGUCAAGCCUGAAGUUUUGUACCGAAAAGAUUCAAAAGAUAUGUACAACACAGAACCUUCCACAGCUGUUGAAGGUAGCAUAAAUUUGAACUCAUUUCACCUUCCAGAUUUCGAGUCAGGGGUGAAACCAGUGUCUAAAUAUUCAACCAGUACUCUGAAGCAGCAAUUGAUGAGCCCUGAAUCCCCGAGUGCAAUUUACUCAGACUUCUCAGCUUCGCCAGCGCCAGAUGUCGGGAGUGAUGGAAUGACAAUUGAUUCUGAGUUAUCGACUCAAUCGAAUGAAUCAAAGAUUGCGAACUCUUUUGAGUACCAUCGUGGUUUGACUCCAAAUGAGACACUAGAUAGCAGCAAGACACCUUUCUUCAAUCUAACAGCUACGCAUGCUGAAAUGGACAGCGAAAUGUACGAUUCAAUUGAACCGUUCCCUGAAGAGUUGGAAACUCUUAAAUAAGCAACUAGCAAUAUUUUGAAGAAAGCAGCUCAAAAAAGCGAAAAGAUAUCAGAUAAGAGAGAAGCUAAGGUGGAGUUGGUUGAAAGCUCGAAUAGCGUAGUAAGAUCAGAGGCUGAAGGGAAUGCAAUGGAGGAGGAGGUUUCUAAGGAAUGCAACAAACCGGCUUGUAUUGAAAAACGGGAAGCAAUUGCAAAUCUUACAGGUUUGUCUGAAGAAGAACAAUUGAAAGUUGAGAUACCCGAAGGGGACCCAAGUUGUACAAUAUCUUUAGCGCCGAGGAGCAGCUGCUUGGGGUGUUCAUUGUGGCCGCGUGAUCAGUAACGAUAAAAGAUUAUAAUAGUUUGAAAAAGAGUAAUUUUUUAUUCAUAAGCGUGCCGUAGUAAUUAUUUUCCGAUUCAUUGAAGUUAAUUGC